AUGACACGGACAAGAAACAAGACAAAAGAGGAUAAAGAGAAUAAAGAAAACUCAGAGGAACAGUCAGAUGAAGCGGAUAGCUUGAACAACACAAUAGUCGACAUGAACAACGCUACGGGACAAAAUGAAUCGUUGCAGAAUUCGCAAAUUUCACAACAACAAUUUACAGCAUUGGUAGCCAGUAUAAAGGCACUGCAGGAGUCUGUUGUUGAAUUACGUCGCGACAACGAGCAACUACGGAAGGAAAGAGACAAUGCCGCCACCGCUGCUAUUUCAUCAGCUGAAUCACAUUAUCCGAAAGCUACCGCCAUAUCUUCAACUGAAUUUGUGCCAGGUCAUACAGCGACCACAGCUGCUACAAUUAUGUCAGGUAGUCCAUACUGCCAGUACUCCACAGCGGUCACCAAAUCUUCCCCAGAUUAUAUUCCACGCCAGGGCGCUGCUACUGCAGUAAUUUCUGCACCGGAAGUUCUGUCGCCUCAAGUCAUUGCUACCGUCGCUGGUACUUCGUCAGAAAUUCCGUUUUCACACCACAGUGCUCCCGCCAAUUUCCAGAAUCAGUCACCGCUACAUUCAACUCAUUUGUCAUCCACGCCUAAUUUAUAUGGAAAUGUGCAAUCCCAUUGCCAAUAUGUGCCAUCGCCAGCACCAACGCAUACUGCACAGCCACCGCUGUAUCAGCCAGUAGCUUGUGAGCAAUACCGCCCAUCAUUCACAUCUAUGCCAAUGGCAGGAACGGUAACAUACGUCGAGAAUCCCGCUGCUAAAUUGUAUCCGCUGCCCAGUUUCAGUGGUGAUCCUGAGGACUGGCCUUUGUUUAAGGCAUGUUAUAUUGACACCACCAGAGAAUUCGGCUACAACAACAAGCACAACUUGAUUAGAUUGCAAAAGGCUUUGUGUGGAAAUGCUAAGCAAAAGGUUUCGUCGCUGCUUAUAUUUCCAGAUGAAGUAUCGCAUGUUUUAGAGGAGCUCGAAUUUAAUUUCGGGCGACCAGAGUUACUUUUACGCAUACAGAUGCAAAAGAUACAACAGUGCCCAACAAUAAGCGAAAGAAAUAUUGAGCAAAUCGUCGACUUUGCGAACAGGGUACGCAAUAUUGUAGCGUUUUUGAAGUCCGCCAAUUGUCAUCAACACUUGAUGAGCCCUAUGCUAUUAGAAUUACUCGUUUUAAAAAUGCCAGCCUCGAAGCAAUUCGAAUGGAGCCGACACGUAGUAAAUACACCACAUCCUACUCUCCAAACCUUUUCGGAUUGGCUGAGUGAUCUAGCUAAAGUCGUUAGUCUCAUGCCGUCGAUUUACGCAACAGUACAGCCGCUUGCUAACACAACGUCAUGGCGUCAAAAUCAAUCGCCGUCAAAGCACCACACAUCCGCAUUUCCAUAUUCGUCACGUCAGCCAAGUUAUAACUCAAGCAUAUCUCGCCGAAUGUUAUAUGCAUCCGAACCGGCUGAUGACAGAGAACAAGCAAUGUGCGCCAAAUGCAAUCAAGAGCAUCAACUGGAAUUGUGUCGGCAAUUCAAGGCACUUUCGGUACAUAAUAGGUGGGAACUCGUCAAGCAACGCCGCCUAUUUUUUGCUUGUCUCCAAAGUGGACAUAAUUUAGGUAACUGCCAGUUCAAAAAAGCAUGCGGAAUUGAUUCUUGUGGCCGGAUGCAUAAUACACUGCUUCAUUCCGCAGCGCCUACGGCCAUAGCAACCAAAUCAGAUACUUCGUCACCUCAAGACAACGCCCACGUUUUAAAC